AUGUCUCAGGCGCAAGCUCUCCCCUCCAUCGCGUCGCUGACGCAGAGCAUCCCCCAGGCCGACGCCGCCCAGAUGCAGGCGCGUCAGCACCACAUUGACGCCCGCGACUCCGGCGCGUGGUCCAUGUCCCAGGCCCAGAGCAAGCACUCGUCGGGCGUCUCCAACACUACCAAUCUCCAAUUGCAAACCAUUCUCAAUGCCGAGGACUCGCCGUCGCGGAACUCCGUCGCCGACACACCACAGUCGAUACGGCAACCAUCCCAGACGCCCCAGGCACUGCCGCCCUUCAACCACACCUUCGACAACCGCCAGAGCCUGGAUGCCUCCUCCUCCUACCUGGAAUCCAGGCGCAGCAGCGUCGACAGCCGUAUGAACGCCGGCAUGACCCAUCUCGCCAUCAGCCCGUCUUCGCCUUACGAGUCCCAAAACACCUCACGUGUAUCGCUCGUGUCCAGUCUCCAGCAGCAGCGCGGCAUCACCACCGACCAACGGCAGAGCGGCCCGCCGCUCUCUCCUCUCGGCCCUCGGGACUCGGUCCGCUCCAACCAGGCUCCCCGCCGCGCUCCCGUCAUCAACCCGAACCCGCGAAGUGUGUCCGGCAUGCCCGAUCCUAUGGCCGCCGCCCCCACCAAGGGCUUCCCAUGGGCCUUCCCGGAUGCCGAACCGGACGAGCGCCGCGGCUCCAGCAGCGGUGAUUCCAGCAUCGAGAGAUCCACGAGAUCCAUCCCUUCGAGGCAGAACAGUUUCGCGACGUCCAUCAACAGCAGCAUCUAUGCAGAAGCCCUUCCGCCCGGACAGAAGAGAUUCGAAGAUGAAAUUCCCCACACCCAUCACCAUUCUAUGCAGCAUCGCAACAUCACCAAUCUCCAGUCCGAGCACGCAGCAACUCCCGGCACCGGCAACUACAGCCGAACCCCCGAGUUGCGCGUCAGCCACAAGAUGGCCGAGCGAAAGAGACGAAGCGAAAUGAAGCAGCUGUUCGACGAACUGAAUGGCAUUCUGCCCAACUCUCCGGGCAACAAGUCCAGCAAAUGGGAAAUCCUCACCAAGUCGAUCGAGUACAUCAGAAGCCUGCAGAGGAACUAUGACAGAAUACAGAGCGACAACACCCGUAUGCGACAGGAGUCUGCUGCUUACAACCCUAGGGCUAGCGAAAUCGAGCGUGAGAACACAGAGCUCAAGCAAGAGCUCCAUGCUGCGUGGCAACAGCUACGCCAGAUGGACCCAAACCAUCCACACGUAUUCGGAUCCAUGACCAAUUUCCUGGCACACAACCAACAGCAGACUGGCCAAGGCCAACAAAACGUUCUUCCGCCCUUGCAGCAACCGCAAUGGCAGAACGGCGCACAGCCCGCAGCGCAGCCCACUGCCAUGCAGGGCGUGGAAUUCGCCGGUGGAAGGCCAUACAACCACAGAUAA